CUGUUUAGUCGGCUCUGAAAGCGUGAGUUGCUAAGCUAAGGAAUGGAGAGAACGUGGCAGUGGGAGCAGCGAAAGCACUGCCAUAUCAUUCUGCUCAACUCUUCGUCGUACCUAAGGGAGAACCCGGAACAGAUUGCAGCUUUGAUAGGACAAGGAGACGCGACAGUUUCAGAUGAACGAAAACGACUGCACGAUUGCUACGGCAAGGAAGCAGACAUCCUGAAGACAAGGGACCGCGUGCCAAGUCUGUAGCGUUCGGUAAGGAAGAGAGGGGCCCCCGUCAAGUAUCACCUCGGAAGGAGAAGAGAGAAGGGGGUCGUCAUGGGCCCGGUAACCCAAAUCGUAUCUCACUGAGCGAUGCAAGUAAUUAGGGCCGGGGCCCUGCUAGUGAGCAUGUGGCUCACUAGAGAAUGAAGAAGCAAAACGUCCGGACUUUAUCAUUAAUCGUCUUCACGCUUACCUAUCUCCUCGUCGGUGCUGCAAUCUUCGACGUGCUCGAGUCCGAGACGGAGAAAUCGCGCAAAGAAGCGUUAGAUGCCAUUGAGAAAAUGGUAAUACGAAAAUACAAUAUAAGCGAGGACGACUUCAAGAUCAUGGAAACAGUGGUGCUGAAGACGGAACCUCACAAAGCUGGCCAACAGUGGAAGUUCGCCGGCGCGUUUUAUUACGCCACAACGGUCCUCACCACGAUAGGUUACGGACACUCGACGCCGAACACCAUAUACGGCAAAUUGUUCACGAUGUGCUACGCGAUCAUCGGUAUCCCAUUAGGACUCGUAAUGUUCCAGAGUAUAGGAGAACGCUUGAAUAAGUUCUCGUCUGUCGUAAUACGGGGCGUAAAGACGCUUCUAAACUGCAGGGACGUCCAGGCCUCGGAGAUAAAUCUCAUCUGCGUGGUAACGACGUUGUCGUGCCUGACCAUCGCCGGCGGCGCCGCCGCGUUCUCCAGGUACGAGGGGUGGUCCUACUUCGACUCCAUCUACUACUGCUUCAUCACCCUGACGACAAUCGGCUUCGGCGACAUGGUCGCGCUGCAGAAGGACAACGCGCUCAACAAGAAGCCCGAGUACGUGAUGUUUGCCCUAAUAUUUAUUCUCUUCGGCUUGGCGAUCGUGGCGGCCUCGCUUAAUUUGCUGGUUUUGAGAUUCGUGACUAUGAACACGGAGGAUGAGAGACGAGACGAAGCCGAAGCGUUACAGGCGGCCCAGGGCGCGGUGCGUCUCGAGGGCGACGUGAUAACGGCCAACGGCUCGAUACUGUCCGGCCAGAUCGGCAAUCACGGCAACGCGAUGUCGUUGGACGACGAGGCGUCGGUGUGCAGCUGCCGCUGCAGCGGCUUCCAGAGGAAGCGGCGGAGACCGCGUUUCACGGUGCGCCGCUCGCCGGGCAAGAUCUCGCACUUGCUGCCGAUGCAACAGCUGUCGUCGGCGUCGAGCCUGCGGGGUGGCGAGCCCCAGCCGCCGCUCACCCCGUUGCUGCCGCUGCCGCCGCUGUAUCAGCACCGCGCCAGCAUCUGACGUCGUUGCUCUGCCGCGCGGAGCGUGAUACUCCUCGACGAGCAGCCGCAUCACUACCACGAUCAGUCGCGGCGUGUGUCCGUCUGAAGGGAGCGCGUGCCUCCGCCCGGCAGCCGGCGACUUCAACGAAUUUCAAUCGUCGCCGAGAUGCUAUCAUCACCGCUACGAGUUCUCUUUUUCUCGCUCUCUCUCUCUCCCUCCCUCCCUCUUUCCCCCCCCCCUCCCUCUCUCUCCUCCUAUCUGUCUUUCUCUCUUCCUCUCUUCCUCUCUUCCUAUUUUGCGUUCCACUCUAGUCGAGCACGAGUAAGAUUUCGUAUAGAGAUAGUCGAGAGAUUGGGAUCGGUUAGAAAUUGAAUUGCUGGAACUGUUCGAUCCGGAUUGUGACACCGGAGUAACGACGGCGCCGGAUGCUUCUCCUCAACGAAAACGUUUUGUCGCGCCUUGUCGCGACGCACGGUUCUUUCACUCGCGACAGGGCCGCUCUAUUCGUCCGAGUUUAAUUCACGCGCGUGUAUAAUCGGGCGUAUUAGGAUACUCGAUGUGCAAUGAAUGAAUUUCCGAUGCGCCAUCAUCGGGUACGGAGUGAGAAUUCGACGAGUGAGAAAGCGAGAGAAUUGGCGCUCGAGAUGCCAGAUAAUUGGCGCUCCAGAUAAAAAUGGCUGUGUCGUUCGCCGGCAUCAUUUAAGUGCGACGUGCGAUGAGAUUCUAUACGUGUGAUAAGUCGUAGGGAUUUUCUAGAUUUACUUUUAGUCUGUAACCAACUAUUCUUUGUGGCCAAAAUUAUUAUAUUUUCCUCGAGAAAGAAAUACUAUACAUGUGUAAGAGUAUUUAUGCCGGAACAGCGCGUGUCUGUCGUGAAAAUUGAUGCAGGUUCUCGCGUCUCCCUUUUACAUUUACAAUUUUCCCUCGCCAGCGCGAGAUUAAUCUCUUCUCGAUAAAAACAUUCGGUCACAUUCCGCGAAUCUCGAGUGAACACGAAUUUUAGACUCGCAUUUCAGAUCUGUCUGCUACGGCUUGGAAACAAACAAAAAAAAAAGUACCGAGCGGUAUAAUCCUUCGCUUCUGAUAUUCUCAUACUUAGCCGUCUCCUAAAGAUAUAAUAGAAACGAGAAAUGUGGAAUCGCGUCGCAGGUGCGAUUACGUGGUGAACCGACUUUGAGAAGACACGCAUGUACAAAAGGCUGUGCGGAGAUAAAUUGUGUACCUUACAAGAGGUGCUCGCGUAGAUACGUGAGAAACGCCCGCGUGAGAAGGACGAGAGGGAGCGAGUGCAAAAGGGGUGCGAAUGUCGGUGUGCGAGGUCGCGAGCGAGAGUGCGUGUGGGAAUGUCGUUUGUGUGCGAGGAUGUGAGAACGCGCGAAGAAGGAAGAGAAAAGAAGAAGAUGCGAAUGCCAUGUGUGCACCUAUACGUUCACGUUCUCGCGGGGGAGAGAGAAAAAUAUUAAGGAAAUAUAUAAAUACACACACACACACAC